AAAUAUGGGGUCUCCCCCCUGUGGAGCACACACUGGACCAAUUGCGCCGCGCAAGAGUCUGCUGGGUCAUUUGAAUGCAGCGAUCUCUGUGGGUAGAUGUGGUUCAGUACAGUAGGUAGUUGUAGUGAAAGGUGUGUGCGUGAGUGUGUGUGCGCGUGUGUGUUUGUGUGAAUGUGCACUCCUAGAAUAGAAAGCCAAAGGAAGAAGAAGAAGAAGAAGGAGAAGAAGAAGAGAGAGAGGCGGGAUCGGGUUUGUGCCUUGUUGGAAUCCUGGUGAAGCAGAUAGAGAGUGUGGAACAGAUCGAUCAGCACUUCGCGCUCCUUUUUGUGGAUUUGAUGGAUCAGUGGAUGUGAUGCCCAUAUAUAUCAUCGACCGAAAAUUUCCCGACACAUCUGGUGAGUUGAUAAAGCCGGCAGCUGAAGGAGAAGACCUGAGAAUGACAGAAACAAACCCCCCCAAGUCGGCCAAGAAGCCCCGCUGGACCUCCCUGGAGGUCGGCCUCAUUACUAUCGUUUCCCUGCUCUUCAUCGUCAUCGUCGCACUCAUCAUCCUUUUUGCCACACAGAAGACUGAUGAAAUCUGCACCACAGCUGACUGCACGCAGUCAGCGUCUCGCCUCAUUGAGAACAUGGAUGCUAGCGUGGACCCGUGCGAUAACUUCUACCAGUACGCCUGUGGAGGCUGGCUGAAAAAGAACAUUAUCCCCGAAACCAGCUCCAGAUAUAGCACCUUUGACAUCCUACGAGACGAGCUGGAGGUCAUUCUCAAAGGUGUCCUUGAGAAAACCGUGGAGGGAGAAGCCACUGCUCUCACCAAGGCUAAGACCCUUUAUAAGUCCUGCACCAAUGAGAGUUUGAUUGAGCUCAGAGGAGGGUCUCCUUUGCUCGACAUGCUGCCUGAUGUGUUUGACUGGCCCAUCGCUAUGGACAACUGGGAUGCCAAAUAUGGCAAAACGUGGAGGUUGGAAGAUGUCAUUGCCAAGCUGAAUGAGAAAUACGGAACUCAACUCUUGGUUAACUUUUUUGUCGGCACCGAUGACAGGGACUCCAAUUCACACAUCAUUCAUUUUGACCAGCAGACAAACCUCGGCCUCUUGUCUAGAGAUUACUAUGCCUGCACCGGACCCUACGCAGAGGCAUGCCGGGCCUAUGAGCAGUUCAUGAUCGACCUGGCGAAGCUGAUCCGCACUGACCGUGGAUUGGACAUCAAUGAAACCAGCAUCAGAGAGGAGGUGGCACGAGUCAUGGACUUGGAGCGGGACAUCGCCAAUGCUACUGAUACUCCAGAGGACCGUAACAACCCAGUGUUGCUUUACAAUAAGAUGGAACUGGGUGAUCUGAACGCCAACUUCACCCUUGAGAUGGAAUCGCAGGUGUUCAACUGGAGUUACUUCACAGCUAAGAUAAUGGAUACAGUCAACAUCAGCGUUCCUGAAACAGAGAAGGUCAUAAACUACUCCCCCAACUAUUACAGAAGACUUAACCUUAUCUUGGCCAGAUACAACAAGAGGGAUCUGCAGAACUACAUGGUGUGGCGUUUUGGUAUGAACAUGGUGGUGGGCCUGAGCAGAGCUUACAGGGACACGAGGAAAGCCUUCCGCAAGGCUCUGUCUGGCACGACAUCAGAGGCAGCAGUUUGGAGACAGUGCGCCCUUUACGUCAACAACAACAUGGACAAUGCUGUGGGGAGGCUGUAUGUGCAGGAGGCCUUCUCUGAGAAGAGCAAAGAGCUGAUGGAGGAGAUGAUUAAAGACAUUCGGGAGGUGUUCAUCAGUAACCUGGACGACCUGACCUGGAUGGAUGCAGAGACCAAGAAAGCAGCUGAAGAGAAGGCUCGAGCUAUUCGGGAACGGAUUGGCUAUUCCGACAACAUCAUGGAUGAUGCAUACCUUAACAAUGAGUACAAAGAUCUGGGCUACAGUGCAGAGGAGUACUUUGAAAACAUCCUACAGAACCUGGAGUAUGUGCAGAAGAAACGCCUGCGGAAACUCAGAGUCAAAGUCAACAAAGAGGAGUGGGUAACCGGAGCUGCUGUAGUCAAUGCCUUCUACUCCUCCAGCAAAAACCAAAUAGUUUUCCCUGCAGGAAUCCUCCAGCCACCUUUCUUCAGCAAAGGCCAGGCUAAAUCUCUCAACUACGGUGGCAUCGGCAUGGUGAUCGGUCACGAGAUCACACACGGAUUUGAUGACAACGGUCGUAACUAUGACAAGGAUGGUGACCUGAAGGACUGGUGGACACCAGACUCCACUCAGAGGUUCCUGGAUCUGUCCAAGUGCAUCGUCAAUCAGUACGGCAACUUCUCCUGGGACCUGGCCAACGGGCUUCAUUUAAAUGGUAACAACACCCUCGGGGAGAACAUUGCUGACAAUGGAGGGAUUCGACAGGCAUAUCAGGCCUAUAGGAACUACGUGGUGCAGCACGGGAAGGAGCCAUCGCUGCCUGGCAUCGACCUUUCCCACGACCAACUCUUCUUUCUAAACUUUGCUCAGGUGUGGUGUGGAACUCACCGACCAGAGCAAGCUGUUAAUUCCAUUAAAAUAGACGUACACAGUCCAGGGAAAUUCAGGGUACUGGGCUCCCUACAGAAUUUCCCAGAAUUUGCCAAAGCUUUCAGCUGCAACAAGAGCAGCUCCAUGGUCCCCGACAACAUCUGCCGUGUGUGGUGAUCCACAGGACGGUCUGUUCUAACGGGGACGGUCUGUUCUAACGGGGACGUCCCUGUCCCUGCAGUACCUCUGACUGUUGGAGCAACCAUCGGGGCUACGGGAGGUGAAGCCUCUCUGAGCUCUCUACUGGACGGACCAGGGCUGGUGGACUGACUGCAGUAAGCACUUCCUCCCAGGAAAGCAGUGGACUGUUCCCUAGUGGACAGAAGAGCACUGUCUCUCCGACUGAUACUGUCGUUCAGUUAACCAGCCUGAUUAUUCUGCUACUCACUGGAUACAAUCACUCCGUGUGUUUAGAUUUCUCUCCCCAUUUUCAUCUUCUUGUUUUACUCAUGAGUCUGCCAAUGUGUGUCCGAGUGUGUUUCAGUCUAAAGUAGUUGUCAAGAGAGGGGCAGACAGACAAACGUGUUCAAAUCCACUGAAAACACCACCCACCCACUCACACACACACACACACACACACACACACACACACACACACACACACACACACACAUGUAACAGGGCUGAACCACUGUACUGUAUGUGGGACUGAGCUGUAAGCCUCUCAUAAAACCUUCAUCUACAUGCUGACACACUCGACAAUGUAUUCAUAAUGUACUCUUUGUUAAUACGUAAAACUUGAUUAGAUAAAUUAUUACAGAAAAUCAGAAUUUAUUUUGCUGAAUAGACCAGUAAGUAUUUAACCGUGAUCACAUAUUACACAAUACUGUUCUAUAUUUAAUGAUAACUGCAGUUGACAGGUGGCUGCUGUUCAUGUCAAAUAAACCAAAAUUAAAUGUUUGCCUUUAAGAUGACAGCUGGUCAUGAAUCAUUGAGCUGACAAUCGACAGUCACCAGACCCUUUUCUACGUUCACUGAGCCUCCUGUGUGUUUCUGUGUUUUAGACUCUGUGUUUUAGACUCUUUCUCAGUCAUUAUGAUCGCUGCCUUACAUGAUCUGUUGUGCUGCUGCGCCUGGGACUGUGGAUGUGUAUUUUCAGAAGAGAACAAAGGAUAAGAAAAUGUAUCAUUAAAGCAAUAGUUUGACUUUUUCACAAAGAUGCUUCUUUGCCAUUUUUGCCGAGAGUUAGAUGAGAUCAAUACCGCUCUCAAGGCGCUACAGCAUGUAGCCGGUUAGCUUUGCUGAGUGUAAAUAUUGGAAACAGCUAACCUGGCUCAAGCCAAAAGGUUAAAAAAACACCUGCCAGCAUCUCUAAAGCUCAGUAUAACCGUGUUAUUUCUCGUGUGUUUCAUCAGUACAAAAAACAAACGUAAAAACAAUAAGUCGGAGUGGGCUGGGAGCAGUGCCUUCCUGGUUUUUCCGCCAGCUGCCUGGAAACCUAAUAGUGAUGACACGACUUCAGGACUUGGAGUCCUUAACCUUUGUACCUGUCGUACAUUUGGACAGGGUCAGGUUAGCUGUUUCCUGUUUUUAUGCUAAGCUAAGCUAACCACCUCCUGGCUGUUGGUAUAAGUGGCAUCAAUAUUUUCAACAAACUCUCAGUAUGAAAGUGAACAAGGGUAUUUCACAAAAUGUUGAACUAUUUAAAGGAACGGUGUGUUGUAUUUAGGGGAAUCUAUUGGCGGAAAUGGAAUAUUAUAUUCAUAAUGGUGUUUUCAUUGGUUUAUAAUCACCUGAAAUUAAGACAUUUUUGAUUUGGUUAGGUGCCAUUUUGCAACGCUACGUUUCUACAGUAGUCUAGAAACACUAACCUGGCUCUAGAAAAGGCUUUUCACAAUUUAACCGAACCUUUAGGCCACCGUAGUUCUCCGACACACUUGGAAAGGGAAGGGUGUUCAGUCGGCUGCAGUCUGCCACGUCACCACUAGAUGCCACUAUUUCCUGCACACUGCUCCUUUAAGAAAGGUGUAGCGAUGUCACCGUUUGGUCUUAUUUUGAUUAUGUGAAGUGUGCUGUCUUACCCAUGUUUUUUUUAAUGAUUCUUUUAUACAUUGAAGAAAAGUCAAUUGAAAGAUGGUGAAAAAAAUUAAGCUUUCGAAGGAUUUAUCUCUUUAAACUAUGUUAGUCUUUGCUGGAACCUAAUGAACUUUCAAAAACAGUGCAUGCAUUUUUCUGAAUGCAGAAGGUUGUAUCAAGUCAGUGGAUCACAUUUAGUAUUCCUGGUUUUGUAUGGCUUUAUUUUCUACAUUAAAGUGUAACCGAGACUGUAACACAAAGAUGUUAAUUGUUGAAAUUUUAGACUUUGCCUUUUCUAUAGAAAUUAGCGCAAUGAAUGAUGUGCCAUGAUGAUGUAGACACUUCUUCA